CUAUAUUGUAAUCGAAUUGAAAUCAAUGGGCGUAUAUUCAGUGAGUGUAAAUAGAUUUACGUAACUGUUUACAUGUCCUGCAUAUGGAGUUAUAAGGAACCUCAAUCAGGAAGUAACACGUAUCAUAUUUAGGUCUUUAAUUUUAUAUGAAGACGGGUAUUGAAAUAGCACUUCAUUUAUAUUAUAUAUUUGUUCUUGAAUUGAAAUAAAUGCGUGUAAAUUCAAUUGGUGAGUUAAGAAAUUGAAAGUGCUUGUGUAACUUUUAGAGACAAUUUGUAUAUGUAAGAAGCAACAAAAAACAUAUAAGACUUUUGAAAUAAGAUGACAGAUACCACAGAUAUAAACAUCGAUUACUUAACACCGAUUAGUGAACAAAGUGACAGAAGCGUGCCUCGUCAUUAUAUUGGAUAUACUAGGGCACAUUCGCCUUUGGCCAAUGGUUAUGCUAAGGGUAAAAGGAUACGGGGACAUUUGGUAAAUGGCGACGGUAAUAGUGAUAUAACGGUAUCACGUGAAAAUUUUGCCAACGGCGAUGAUAAAAGGUCAACGAAACGCCAUCAGCUGAUUAACGGCCAUGCGAGGAGCAAAAGCUUACCAGUUCAUUCGGCCAACGGUGGCGUAAGAAGUGAACGUUUACAGGCGCCUCUUACCAACGAUGACCCUGGGAUUGAAACGUCACAUGCACAUUACGUCGACGGCAGUUCAGGCGGGACGAACGUACAGACGGAUAGAAGGGCUGUUGCUAAUGGGUAUCAAGGUCUGAUGAGAGAUAACGAUGAUCCCGACAAUCUACCGUACGCAACGUUCAAUAAUGACGAGAGCCAAUAUACAUUUGGUGGCAUUCCGAAAGGCGUUACACCUGGUCUGGGGAAGUUUCAGAUAAAACCCAACCCGUCUUUGUCAACACACAGUAAGAAUUACGAACAGGAAGGUGUGUAUAACGAGGUGUACGAUGAAAUAGAUGACAUCGAGCCUUACAUCCCAAGUACAUCUAGCAAUAGUACACCUAGCAAUAGUACACCUAGCAAUAGUACACGUAGCAAGAGCAGAUGCUACUUGAUUGCCUUCGCCAGUGUUCUUGUAACCAUAGUACUGGCGGGAGCGACAUUUGCAGUCGUGUUCUUCUUAGAAAUCAAGUCUUCAAAGCCUCCAGUUGAUAUCGAGGAACCAGACUACACAUUUAAUAUCGGGGAACCAGGAAAUCUCACGUUCGAGAUAACCAACCUGACAGACUGGACAGAGUUGUACAUCUCCCGAGAAUUCACAGUACCAGUCGCAUCGGCCAACAGGACAAGUCCCCAUGUGGAGAUAGCAAAGACGCACGGACACAUUUCCGCACUCAAUACGACAGAACUCUCCAACCAUUAUGUAAGGAUAGAUCUUCUGUUUGCCACGGUCUCGUGCAACGAUUCUGCCGGAAAAGCGGGGAUUGUCACAUACGUCUGCUCAAUUAAAAUGACUGAUUUGACGUGGAUCAAUGUGAUGAAGAGAAUUCGUUUUCAACGACUUCCGGGAGUUCCAAAGCUGACUAUGUCAAGGGAGAUUAUAAAAAAUAAGGUCACGCGAGCUGAUCUCCUCUACGUUUGCGAGGGCGAGCUAGGCGAUCCGCGUGGACGGCUUAUCAUAGAAAGCGACUUCGAUGGCGAGUUUCAAGCUCUCUUCACGGAAGAAAACACAAACAAUUCAAUAGGUUUUAUUUUUGACGACCCUCUUACUCAAACAUCUUGCGGAAACUAUCAGACAUUGCAGUUUGCCUUCUACAAGCCUAAUAUGUCAAUGAACUUCAAACGGCUUCGUUGUUCCAUUAAACCGUCGUCGAACAUUUUUAACAGCGUUGUAAAAUCAUCCGGUGAAGGAAUCAUUAAGGUGGUACCGGAUGACUGGUGCAAAGGCGCAACCAAAGAGACUCCAAUCAUCGACCACCCUUACGCCUGCUAUCUCGGAGUCAUGUGCAGCGAGGUCGGAAUUGUCCAGGGCGUCCCAGCGGGCUGCAGCGAAGACCAAUGUUAUAGCACUCUAAAUAUGGCAUAUGGGUGUUAUCCCUGCAAGUGUGCAAAAGGAGGGCCAUUGCCGGCGGCGACGACCACCUCGGUGCCAAAUGGGAAAUAAGCUGCACUAUCAUUAUUCCUUCUCCUAGUUUUAUUUGCUCACAUAAAGAUUAUACUUGCCAUUGUCAUGUUUGAUCAAUCAUUGUCAAUCUGUGUGUAGUGUGUCUCUUAGACCUGUUCAUCAUGCCAUCUCCGAUAUUGGUCUCAUACAUUUGCACUAGCCGUCAUUUCGUGUUUUUAUAUUCGCUGAUUGUUCUCAUCCAGUUUGUUUUGUGAUAUCGUGAUUGCCAAAUUUGAUCCAGAAUCUAAACUAAGCAAAGCACUAUUUGACCAAUUUAAUAAUGACUUAAAAAACGAUUUAAUAUUAAGGCAAAUAUUGCCAUCGAUACAAUCAAAUGGUCAUGAUGAUUUUUAGAAGUAGUGUUAUUCAAACUUCACCGAAAAAGAUAUAUCUUUCAAUAAGAUAUUUGGCGUACACACUGACUUUGAAAUAAAGAUAG